AUGGCUCAUCUUUUUAUGGGACACCCACUCUAUAGUGACCAAAGAUGGAAUCAUCUCAAAGUAGGUGUCAAUGGAGUUGAUCCAAGAUUCAAAUUGGGUGGUACAAAGAGAAAAGCAGAAAGGUGGGUGUCAUUGGAAUCAUCUCUUCAAGUGGGUACUCCUGGUUUCUUGGAAAAUCCAUUGUAUGCCCAUGAUGAAGAUGAGGAUGACGUUCAGGCACAUAUCACUACUAAUGAAGCAGACCUUGGUCAAGAUCACUCAAUCUCUCCCUUCUAUACUCAAUGUUACUUAUCUGUUUUGGACAAUCCCGCGUCCCAUUGGCAGCUUCCUGGCUUGUUCAACAUACCCUUUGGCCACAAAAAGAUGAAAAGAACUGUGAGCAUGCCUGAAACCAGUGCGGGUAACAGCAGUUUGUUAGAUGGAGUAAAUGUCACCAUCCAUCGCAGUAGCAGUUCCAAUAGCUUCCCUAAGCUCCGAUUCCGGGACCAUAUCUGGACUUACACACAAAGGUACCUAGCUGCCGAGGCCAUUGAGAAUGGGAUCUUGGAAAAUAGGCCAGUAGAAAAUGAGGGAAAUGUAGAUGGGAUGCAUCUCGUCCAGCUACUAAUCUCAUGUGCUGAGGCUGUUGCUUGCCGUGAUAAAGCACAUGCUACGACUUUAUUAGCCGAGCUUCGAGCCAAUGCACUUGUUUUUGGUUCAUCGUUCCAGAGGGUGGCAUCAUGCUUUAUGCAGGGGCUCACAGACCGACUAGCCCUGGUGCAACCACUUGGGGCAGUUGGGCUGGCGAUCCCAGCAACGAGCCUAAAUGUCGUUGCAUCAGAGAAAAAGGAAGAGGCUUUACACCUGGUUUAUGAAGUUUGCCCCCACAUUCAGUUUGGUCACUUUGUUGCCAACUUCACAAUAUUGGAAGCCUUUGAGGGAGAGAGUUUUGUUCAUGUGGUGGACCUUGGGAUGACCCUUGGUUUGCCACAUGGACACCAGUGGCGUGCAUUGAUAGAGAGCCUGGCUAACCAUCCUGGACAGGCUCUACGCCUCCUUAGGAUCACUGCAGUUGGACCUUGUGUUAACAGGUUCCAUAUCAUCGGUGAUGAGCUGGAGGCAUAUGCCCAAGAACUGGGCAUAAAGAUGGAAAUUUCUUUUGUGGAAAGUAGCUUGGAAACCCUUAAGCCAGAAGACAUUAAGACCUAUGAGAACGAAGUCCUAGUGGUAAACAGCAUUCUCCAACUUCACUGUGUGGUGAAAGAGAGCCGGGGUGCUUUAAACUCGGUUCUACAAAUAAUCCAUGAACUGUCCCCAAAGGUUUUAGUUCUUGUUGAGCAGGAUUCAAGCCAUAAUGGGCCCUUUUUCCUUGGGAGGUUUAUGGAAGCACUGCAUUAUUACUCAGCCAUUUUUGAUGCCCUUGAUGCUAUGCUACCUAAAUAUGACACUAGAAGAGCAAAAAUUGAACAGUUUUACUUUGCAGAAGAAAUAAAAAAUAUUGUCAGUUGUGAAGGGCCUAACAGGGUGGAAAGGCAUGAAAGGGUGGACCAAUGGCGGAGGAGGAUGAGUCGGGCAGGAUUUCAGGCCACGCCAGUUAAGUUGAUGGCUCAGGCAAAGCAAUGGCUUGCAAAGCUUGAGAUUUGUGAAGGUUAUACCAUCGUGGAAGAAAAGGGUUCAUUGGUUCUCGGUUGGAAAUCAAAGCCCAUUGUUGCUGCUUCUUGCUGGAAAUGUUAA